AUGGAACCUUUUUCAGCUGGAACAAUUUAUCUGAACGAUAUUCCGCUGUUGCUCGAGGAAACACCUGUGUCGCACGGGACGUUGUACUUCGUGGACAACUUGUUCUUCGUAACCAGCGAGUUAGUGCGGGAGCUGAACGAGGCCCACAGGGACAAGGAAACUGGUCCCUUGCUUGGGUCCCCGUGGCCCGAAUCCCAGUUCCUGUCCCACGUGUUCAUGAACCUGGAGGACCGCGAAGACACCACGCUCUUCGCCUCAUACCUCAACUAUUCCACUGUCUCCGACCUGUUCCCGACUAGAAAAGAUGGAAAUCACUUAUCAUACACUGCUUUUAUCCCGCGGGACUCAGCCAUCACGAAUUUGUUGGAGUCGGCUCGGUGGUCCGAAUUCCGCGACCCGUUUGAAAUCGAUGCGGACCUGAACCGAAAAAUGAUGCUGAAUCACUUUGUUCCCGGCUACAAGUACGUCGAAGACCUGUCAAAACCUGAGGACGUCGUCUUGACCACAAUGGCCGGGACCGAAGUCAUUUUGAAAUCAGUUGACGGAAAUUUGACCUACAAUGGGAUCCCAGUGCUGGAAUCGAACUUGUUCGUUUACGACCUGGGCAACAUGUACAUCAUCGACGGCGUGAACGGGAUCAAUGAGGACGACGUGAACGCGUCAAUGACGCGAGUCCCGCUGUCGAGCGACUCCGCCGCGCCCGUGCAUCAAGUGAUCGAAGACGUUCUUGCUGCACUGGAAGCGAAAGCAGACGAGUUCACCAAGCUGCGCGAUUAUCUCGCCUCGACUGACAUGUCGGAGGAACUCGACGAAUCCGCGGUUUUUCCUGGGAUUUACACUGUCUUCGCCCCGACGGACGCGGCUUUCAAAGAAAUCGUGUCUGACGCUUUGCCAGACCCGUUCGCUGAUGAUCCCGUGUUCCGAAAGAAGAGUCUGCUCAACUUUAUUGCCCCACAGCCUGUCAAUAUCUUCGAUUUGGAGGAACCGGAGGAAAUCAGGACGUUGGGAGAUCAGUCCCUCACUGUUCAUAAGCAUGGAAACGUCAUCUUGCUGACUUACGAUCAGCAGAAUACCAUAACGAUUGACCCGCUGAAGAAGCUGGUGAUGCCGGAGGGGCUUGGUAUCGUUUAUCCAGUUGACAAAGUGCCUUUCAUUACUGCAACGGAUGUUAACAACGCUAUUGAAAAUUUGGCUGUCAUGGAAUCGUCGGCGUUGAAGGAGACCAUGGCUGACGAGCCCGAACGAGCUGGAAAGCACCCCUUCGUUCAAGGUGCCAACGUAGCCCUCAAGGGACAAACCGAUUUGUCGAAGAUGAAGAAGUAUUGGACCACCUACAGUGCAUCACAUCCUCUUGAAGAAGGGGAAGAAUACACGUUGAUUGCGCUGAAAGAUCCGUCGUUCAAAGCUCUUGAGAAGGAAGGAGUUGACCCCGUUGAAGUUGACGAAUUCUUCAGAGAUAGAAUGUUCAAGAGAUUGAUAAUUAAGGGCAAUUUAAACCCAGAGAAAGCUGAAAAUGGAGCAUCAUUUCCCACUCUGAGUCAGGGAUUUGACGUUGUGUUCAAGAAAUUCGAAUACACGUGGUACCUCACAUUCGACCUUCCCGCAAUGUGUCCGUCCCGCAAUUCGACAGUCGAAUUUGCUGAUGGGAGGUCGACUCGCAAUGCGACCUGCACGCGCUGGGGAAAUGGCAUGGGAGAUACAGGAGUGAUGGAGGUGAACGGAGCUCGGGUAGACAUUGAGAGCAGUGGAGAAUUUGGAAAUGGGGCCGGGCGAUUGUUGGUGGUGCAAGAUUUUCCGUUCAGAGUUUCGGACAAAGAAGUGAAUUCUGCUUUAAGUCGUCGCUGCAGCCCAAAAAACGAAUUUUCCUCGAACUUCUUCCGUGAGGUCGUCGCUGCGCUCAAACCGCUCCCGCAGUUCUCCUCCGUCGUUUCUUACAUCCAGUGCAGCACGAUCCCUGGGGAUACUAUUCUUAUCAUUUUAAUGAAGAAAAGGGAAGUCGUCGAUUCAUGUCCCCACAGCUUGGUCCAGUUGUUGGGUUUCACUUUUGCGGCAGCGACAUCUAGUGUUCUAGUCCAUGAGGGUAAUUCUCGCCUGCCCUUGACCUUCUUCGCCCCGAGUAACACAGCGAUUCACUUCGCAAUCCCUGCCGACGCCAUCGACCCGUUCGUUUCCAAUGGUGCUUUCCGUGACGUUGCUAUCCUCAAGCACAUCACCGAAGCCCUGACCUUCGAAGACUUGGAAGAACCUUUAAACGUAACUUCGCUGGGCGGACACGUCAUAAAGUUUACUCGUCAUUCGCCGAAUCUGUUGAGAGCCAACAAUGUGCUGGUGGACCAGGACGGCGAAAUUGAAUUGGAAUUCGGAAGAAUCGUGCCUGUGCGGGGGCUAUUAAUUCCUCUUACGGACGUUGACGACGCUAUCGGACAAGAUUCUACCACCAACCCUUUUUCUCAAUCUCAGUCUAAAGUGGAACCGAGUGCCGAAUCGCUCAUCCUGAAUGAUCAGCCUGUUGCCGGGUCCUCACAGGAGAUUGUACAGCUACCGAGUGAGAGUCCAGAGAAAGCGAAUGAAGUUGAUCUCGAAAGCGUAACCGGUCAAACUGAAGGAAAUGAAUUAGCUCACACGGAAACCACGCUGAACCCGACGACGAUUGAAACAACGGUUGAGGUACGAUCCCUUGCUGGAGGAGAGACUGGGAAGACCGACCAACCGACGACUGCCGCGAGCUUGGUCGAAGAGUCCCGUGAAGAAGUGACGACUGUCACGGCGACGACCACCACGGAAACACGUGUGGUAGAAGCUGAGACGCAUUCUUUUGAGGACGCGAAAGAUUCCUCAACGACGGAAUCAAUUGUCGAGGAAAUGGCGGCUGAGCGAAGCCUGGAAGAUUUCCCAGUUUUCUUGAAUUUAGUUUUGAGGUCCUUGGAAGACUCGCCCAAGAACAACGGCCCUGCUUUCACCCGGCUUGUUCGCUACAUGCGAUUGACGGAUUUCUCUACGGCUUUGCCCGCAGCUCAAGGUGGUCCAUAUACCUUCUUGGCACCGACUGAUUCCGCAUUCCGUCGUGGGCUUCCUGCUGAUGCGAUCGAUGUAUUUCUGGUUGACACUGAAUUCCGGAAGAAUUCUUUGCUCCGAAUGAUGAUUCCCGGAAAAAUUGAGUCAGCUGGUUCAAUUUCUGCGCUGAAUGGGGAUCAACUUUCUGUCACGGAAAGUGAUGGUACGGUUUAUCGAAGCAAUAUCAUCGGUGUUGAAUCUGCUGAUGUGUAUAACUUUUGCUCUUUCUGUUUUCAUACGUCUUUUCAUGAACAUCGGAAAUCCGCAGGAAAAUUAGCGGUUAAUGACGUCAUGCUGGAGACGAAUCCGAUCGUGCUACCUGAAAAUCUGGGUUACAUAUACCCGAUUGGAAUGCACUUGACCUCGCAUGCGGAAGUUGCAGAAGCUAUCCGUAAAGCAGGACCUCAUUCACCGUUUUCGCAUCCGCUCAUGAAACCCGUCGGUCCGCCACAAGUUUCCUCACCUGUGCCUUCAAAACGACCCGUCAAGGCCGAGCCAGAGGUGGCCCGUUUUGACUGUGAAGAUUGCAAAAACUUCGUUGAGAUUCUCGUGUCCGUAUUGGAGAACGUUAACAUUUCUGGCACUACCUUCGAAGAAUUCUCCAAAUACGUUCUGGCAUCCGACUUGACACGAGAGUUCCCGGAAACCGACGGUAACGGAUUGAUGCAACCUUAUACUGCUUUUGUGCCGUCGGACAGUGCUGUGUUCAGGAGUCUGUUCCAAGAUGUUGCCAAUCCGUAUGUUUCCGAAGGAACAGAGAGUUUCAGACGCAAGUCAAUGCUUCAUCACUUCGUCAAAGGAAAAGUAGAAAUCGCUUUUCUACCCCCGGGCUCAGUUUUUAGCUCGCUGAACGGCUUUCCAAUCAAUAUUCAGAAGUCGAACGAUCCAGGUGUGUUCACUGUGAACCAGUUCAUUCAAGCGGAUUUGCCCGCAAUCACGCUUCCGAAAGGCGCUGGUUUGAUCUACAUCGUGGAUCGGAUUUUGACCCCAAGUGAAGAUAUGGUAGAAGCACUUUCGAAACUGCCUGCCGUUAAUCCGUUCGGGAUUCCUGUAUCAGAAGAUUUGAAGCAGAGCGUCGGAGAGACCAACGUGGCUGCUCCACCUGCACCUCCCAGUCGUUCCGAGGAAAUUUCUUUCAAAAUCCUCAGUGAUAUACAGGCUGCGUUGAGAAAGACUGGAAUGCACAAGCUCCUCAUCAAGUAUCUUGACGAAAGCAUGACUUCUCUAAUGCUGGAAGAUUUCACUCCGGGAGUGACAUUCAUUGCGCCCGUUGAUGCUGCCUUCGAGACGUUACAGCCUGGCUUAUUGGAUCCGUUCAUCACGAAUCCGGGCUUCCGAGUGGAAACCCUAAGAACUCUGUUUAUCGGUCCCCCACCUGUUGAUCUGAGAAACCUGAAGGGAACCUCGAUUUCCGUGCUGGACAAGUCAUACCAAGUUGACAGCUCUCAGGGAAAUCUGACGCUGAACGGAAUCGCUGUGAUGCCGACCCCGGAAGUGCUUCCGGGCGAUGAAGGCUUUGUGUUUUUUGUGGCCUCAGUGCCGUUCAUCACAUCUGCGGACACGGCGGAAGCGCUGCGGCGUCCACGACCGCCACCGCGGACUCGCCAACAAUCAGACGCCCUGCCUCCUGGCGUUGAAGCGCCCGCACCUUCGCCGCAACCCGCUCGCUCCGAAAGUGGCGCUCGAUCAUCCAACGUUGGUUCCAGUAUCCGUGAAGCCGCAGCGCCCACCUCGGAUGGGAACGCACGAGUCAUCAAUAGACUAUCCCCGAAGAAACUUCGUCGUCUCGACACCGACGGAUUAACUUUCCGAUUCAGCGACAACGGCAGGUUCUUGGACAAGAUACAGCCUGAUGCCGUGUUUCUGGUGCAGGUGAUCUCCCGCGGACAGCGAAUCCGCCAGCAAGGUGGCGCGAACUGA